ACCCAGUCAGUACCUAGCAGAGCUGCGGAGCCUCCACAGAACAUCUCCGGAUCGCGUUCCGAGGCUGACCGCUGAACCAGGACAGGGUGUCCCAGGUGCUGACCCCUCACUCAGCCACCAGGUCGAAGUGGUUCUCCUACAGCAGUGAACCUGUGGCCCUGACCUGAGAUAAGUCACUGGGUGACCCCGCAGCCUCUUUCUAUGACUCCACCUGGAUUUGGCUGACUGUGGGGACAAGCUUCAAGGGACUGCUUGGGUCUCCGUGGGGUAGCAGUCAGCUUUCUGGCUACCAUGGCAAUUGCUGGGAACUGAAGGCACGGGGCUCCAGCCUCAGCACAAGCACGCAGGACACGAUGGACAACAAAGCCAUGUACAUGCACACUGUGAAUGACCGGGACACCAGCUCUGUCUUUGAGGAGCCCUUCGACGGCAGGAGCCUGUCCAAGCUGAACCUGUGUGAAGAUGGCCCAUGUCACAAACGGCGUGUGGGUGGCUGCUGUACCCAGCUGGGCUCCCUGUCAGCACUGAAGCAUGCCGUCCUGGGACUCUAUCUUCUGGUCUUCCUGAUUCUUGUGGGUAUCUUCAUCUUAGCAGGUAAGAGCAGUCUUUUUGUGUCCAAGACUUUGGGGGUGAUCGAGGAGGACUCAGAGCCUCCGUGCCCUUGCUGUGGAAACCAUGGAGGAGGAUGCUGGCUGGUCUUUCUGAUUAGACAACAUCUUUGGUAG